AGGCAGUCUGGGGAAGCCGGGAGGUUAGGAUCCACCCGUGACGGAAAAAAUAUAUUGUUUCAUCAUGUCCUGGCAGAAUAGUUUUUCAAAGACUUGUCAGGUACAAUGCUUGGAGUUAUUUCAGCAACUUUGUUUUUUCAUAGCUGUGUUGACUCAAGUCUUCUCUCUAGAUAAUGGUAAAAAUCGCAAGUCUUUAUCUCAUUCCUAUAAAAAAUUAUUCAAAAAAAAAAUGAAGUGCACUAUAUUUUUGAACGGAUAGUGGUGAAGAUGUUUCGUGCCACCAGCAAAGGAAAAAAACAUAUAAACUCUUUCUUAAAAAGACUAUCCAGCACAAUGACAAACUUCAGAAUUUUUCCAAACAUGGCGCAUAUUUUAUUACUCUCUUAAAAAAGGUUUUAUAGUGACCUAAAAGAGUUUGGAAAUAACGACACCUCUUUAACCCUUUUUUAAUUUCGUAUAAAACUUUUCUUAACAGUGUAAAAAAUAGAAUAUCCCCAAAAAGCAUAAUUUUAAAUGCAAGUUGAAUUUCAUUUCAAACCAUUUGGGAAAAAUGAAAAGUUUACCAUCUGUUCUUUUUGUAAUAUCUCUUGUGAUCUCGGUAACGAAAUUUGUCAAAUUUGCACAGAGAUGUCUAAAAGCUGAAGGAUAGUGUAUUGUGCGGAACUUCUGCACAAUGGGCGGAAUAGGGAUGGGACAGUUCCAGUUCAGUUGUUGUAAACGGAAACUGGUACCAGUUCUUUUCAAAAACUUAAAAUUGAAAUAAAACCAACGAACCUACUUACAUUGACUUUCUGUAGCGCGUCGGAGGUAGAUGGUGUGUUUAGUUGACUAAACCAAGUCAAUAGAACUGAGUAGCUUGAUCUUUACUUGUGAAUAUUUCAUAAAAGGAUUUUCAUAAAUAAUUAUUUUUAUGAAGAGCCAUUUUUUCAUAAAUUUGGUUACUUUAUAAACAAACAGAAAAAUGACUUUCCUAAAAUAAAAAAAGUAUUUUUUGAAUAAAAUAAGUUCUUCUUGAUCCAAACGUUUUAUGAAAAAAAUGAUUUCCAUAAAAUGGCUUUUAUAAAAUAACUUUCAUAAAAUAACUUUCACAGAACAGUCCUUUUUUUGGAAAAAAAGCACUUUCAUUAAAAACAUUUAAAAAUAUUCAAAUAAUAUUUUUUAUUCUUUCUAUGAAAGUCAUUUUUUCGUCACAAACUGAAAAAAGGAGGAGUUUGAUAAAAAUGCAUGAGAAGGAUCUUCCUAAAUGAUUAUUUAUGAAAAUCUUUUUAUGAAAUACCCCACAGAUAAAGAUCGCCGUGCCCAUAUAACUAGCUACACUGGUUUUAUUUUAUUUUGAAUUCUUGAAAAGAACUGGUAACCAGCUCUCGUUCAACAAGAACUGAACUGGUGACCAGUUCUUAAGAACUAUAGGAACCGGAACUGUCUCACCCCUAUGCGGAAGGCUAAAAUAAAAAGAUUUUUGUCGUUCUGAGAUAUUGUGAUCUAUUUUAUUUUCGAGAAUAUCCAGACAUUUUAGUUUUUCAAUAUUGUGGAUUUUUCGUUAGAAUGAGAGAAAUUUAUAUCUUUAAGAGCGUAGUAGUUUGAGGGUGAGGGUGAAACGAUGAAAUGUUGCAAAAGAUGGAAAGCUGAAAAGAAGAACAGUUGAAAAGUUGCAAAUGGCGCAUAUUAAUAGGUACUCUGAUUGCAGUAUAUGUCACGUACUUUACAUUCACAAAAAGUUUUUCGUUCUUUAUCAGCUUAAUUCACUUUUAUUCUGGAGAACAAUUAAGGAGCCGGGAGAGGGAAGAUGAAUGUAAUUAGGAUUAUACAAGAUUUUCUGUCAACGUAGUAGUCGGCUAAUUGGAAAGUCUCUAACUAUAUGUUUUCAGGUACAUGUAACUGAGUCUGAAGCUGUAGGGAUGAAAAGUUGCAAAAGUCCACAACAGAAUAUUCUCCCAUUCCUCAAUUUAUAACAUGUACGUGUUAUCAAAUUUCAUAAUAGGAUCUGUAAUAGUAUGCAAAUAUCUAGUUACCUACUGGAAUAAUAUACCUUAUAUAAUCUAAAAAGUAGAAAUGAUACAUUAAAUUAAUAAUAUAUUAAAAUGGUGUCUUUUAACUGUUAAACAUGUCCAUAUUGAUAAGAAAAAUACGUUUAAUUAAAAAAAGAGUGGGUUCUUUCAUUUGGUAAAUCAUUCUUGUCAUUUCAUAUGUAAUAAAAAUAUCUGAAAUACUUCAGAAUAUUUAUCAAUUUCGGCAAAAUGAAAGUAAGUCAUGACAAACUAAUUUUAAGAAGUCAGACUACACAAAUUUAUAGACCUCUAGUUCUAAUAAUAAAAUUUUAGUUUAGUUUAUUUGACAAACAGUCAUGAGUACACAGUAGCACAAGUUGAAACAAGCACUUCUCUCACAUGUAGAUAUUAAAGAAAACGCUACUGUAUACGUUGAGCCUCAGACAGUAGUUUCACAAAAUUGUAUAGUGUAUGACUAACUAGUACUCUCAGUUUCAUUCAACACUAAACUUUCUCUUUAUGAUGGAUCAGUGUUUGAACAAUGGUAAAUAGAAAGUAUAAGAUGUUUUCUUUAUACACAGAAUUUUGAAUUCUGUGUGUGUAUCAUUUUCAAUUUAACUUUAGCACAGUAUACUAAAUAAUACUAUUACAACUUUAACUUUAUUCCAAGUGAUAUGUUAUAUAUGGUGUUUACCGAAUGUCAGUAUGAUGAAGAGAUUAUCAAAUAAUUAUCAUCAUAACAAUUUUUUAAAUGAUAACUCGAAUGAUCUUAUUACUCAUUACAAACAUUCACGAGAUAUAGAUAUUCAUCCAUCAUCCGAUUCUUCAUCUUCUACAGACUUGUUGAUUCAAGCUGAACUCAUACCAGUCGAAAAUUUUAGCGUUGUAACAGAAAAAGUUUUGGAAAAAUUAAAAUAUUUAGCAAUGAAAUCAAAUGAUGAAAAAUUACGUGAAUUAUAUAAUGUUGUUAAUCAUUAUGUUCAAUACGCAAAUAAUAAUAACGAAUAUGUUUUAUGGAUGUAUGAUCCAAAUAAAGAAGGACUCGUAUUGAUAUUAAAACAAUUUUUAAAUGGUAUCCUCUAUUAUGGAUGA